CUCAUUAAAUAUCAUCGUUUGACUGUUACAUCACAAUAUACUCUAUAAAUACAUGCAAAGUGAUGUUUUGAAGAUAGUAGCCGAGGAAUCGAAAAUGAAGGUACACAUUUUGAGUUUGGUGUUCGUUUGGUGUAUCCUUCAGGUACUUUCUGUAAGAUAUCCGGAAGAACUAAUCGAAGAUUAUAUUCGCGAGUGCUUGGAAGAACUGAAACUGGAAAAUGAGGUCUUGGAUGUAUAUUUUGACGACAUAUUCAGAGUCGUCAAUUUGGACGAUAGGGGAGACAAACUAGUUGGAUGCUUAGUUAAAAGAUGCAACUAUUACAGAUCAGAUGGAAAGUACAAUAAGGAAGUUAUGAUUAAAGACAUCGUCAAAUGGAUGAAGUUUUUGGUUAAGCGUGAAGUGGAAAAUUACGAAGCAUUGGCGGAGAAGCUACAUGGAAACUGUGGUAACAUGAAUGGAAAGGAUCGAGUUGAAAAGCUUAUAAACUGGAAUAAUUGUUUGGCCGAAGAGAUUGAAUUAUUAAAUAAAUGAUUCUUGUGUUUUUCCUUAUAUAAUAUGAUUCAGUAGAAAUAAACUUACUUGCAAGGCCGA